UUCAAGUUCCAGCGGGCGUCUCUCAACUUUGCCGCUCCAAUUUUUUUAUUCUGAGAAUCUAGGAUGCAACUUGAUUACAAGUACUACGUCGCGGUUCAAACCAUGAAUUGAUCAUUCGUUUCAGAAUCGUUUGCAAAGCACAAGUUGCUCCAGAUUUCAGGCCUGAGGACCAGAAAUUCGGCCGCGUGAGCGCAUGUGGCCCCGAUGCAUGUCAACCUGAGAUUGUAAUUUCAUGGCCGACGUUCGGAGUCAGAGAUUUUUCACUGGACACUUGUUCGUGUCCGUGCUGUGUACUACACUGCAGUGCUACGUGCCCCAUCGACACCCAAUUAAUGCAUCAAGCUCUACUCGUUUGCGAAAUCCUCCUAGAGAUAUUCAAGCAUGUCAAUGAUAUCGACUGGCAGAACCCAAUCAUGAUAUCAUAUCACGAGGUGUCAUUGGUGCGGACAUCCCUUGCAGCACUUGCAAGGACGUGUAAAACAUUCUACGAACCCGCAAUGAAUGAGCUUUGGGCUAAAAUUUCUGGAUUAAAUCCACUGCUAGGCUGUGUGACAAGGUUGCGUCCAAUAAUAUACUGUGCAGAGCGCACCUGGUGUAACCCUCCUUACUUUGGCGACGUCGAACCAUUAUCGGCAAAUGAAGCUCGUCAAUUCUUGCAUCACGCUGCCCGUGUACGCUCAAUACAUAUUGAACUAGCAACCAACCGGGAUUUUCGCCUUCUCUCAGUCCUCCCCGAAGAGACAUGCAUGUUCCCGAGACUGCAGACGUUAUUCACGGCUUCACUCCCAUGUCCGACUAGAUACCUGCAUCUCUUUCUGUCUCCCACGUUGCGUCUCUGUGCCCUAUGGGUCAUUGAUUCGAAUCUAAAAUUGAUUGUGACUCGGUGUGCUGCUCUCGAACAUUUAUCCGUGAAGCACACCGACGGCACCAUAGCAGAUAAGCUACCCAUACUAUCUGACAGUGUCCGUUUGUGCAAGCGGCUUGUGACUCUGUCUUGUCCACCCCUCGACUGGGCAGCAUGGGAGCACCUCUCCAAUCUCCCUACCCUUCUCACAGUCACGAUUCGUAUGAAUAAUAUAGUCCCUUCCCCAUCGGACCUCGAUAAUAUCACAUUCGGGCCCUUCCUCAACCUCACAGCUCUUUCUUUCCUAGCAGACACGGCUGCAUAUAUCACGACACUCGUGCAACACUCAGAAUUCCCUUCGCUGAAAAAAAUAGACCUUUUUUUCCAUAGAUUGCCUUGUGCAGACGCUGAGCGGCUUCUUCAUGCCCUGUCCCAGUGUAAAGCAUGCCAGACCCUUGAACGCAUUAGGAUAAAGUCCUACAGUUCGGAAGUUCAGGAUCCGGACAGCUCUUGGACAGCAAUCACACAACUCCGUUGUUGUCCGCAGCUCCGAACCUUAGAACUCGAAUUUCCUGGUUGCUGCACCCACCUUGACAACGACCAUCUUUUGGAAGCCAUGUCAUGUUGGCCAUACAUCCGCUCUCUGGAGCUAGAAGACAAAAAUUAUCCUCAAGCCACCGUUACAUUCCGUGGACUACUCGCAGCGCUCCGUCAAUGUCCCCAUUUGGAUGAGCUCAGAAUGUUGAUAGACGCUGUGAAUAUCGACGUUGACUCUACAGCGGAGUCACUCCGGCAUACAUCCCUACAACUAUUGCACGUGCGCUCCUCUGAGGUAGUGGAUACAAAAGCUGUCGCUCAUAUCAUCUUCUCUAUGCUCCCUUCCGUCGACAAGAUCUACCACAGCCCCAUGAAUUCAAACCAUGCGAACACGUGGCGCGAGGUCCGGAACCAUCUCAAACAUUUCAGAUCUUCCGCAGUCCUUGAUAGCCAAGAUGCAGCUGCAGAAACCUGAAUUCGUAUUCAGGACUUUUUCUGCCAGGAGUUGCUACCGAUCUUUAGAAUAUGGGAAGUGGAAAUGAGCGAGGGAGAUUUGCGAUGAAUGUCUCUACUGUACAUGUCCCCAAAGAUAUCCCCUACGAGAAAAAACAUGUUGUGC